AUGACCUCGGAAAAGGAGAGACGCAUCUCUCGUGCGUGUUUCAAUUGCCGUUCGAGAAAGACCAAGUGCGAUUUCGAAUCUCUGCCUAUCUCGCCGGCGCCACACCCUACUCCAAGUUUCAUUGACCAACUGCCCGAGCAGGGCCCAGUUACCGAUGUCACGGAGGAGCGUCCGAGUUUCGAAAAGGAAGCAUAUGGACAGCUUGGUGCUUGGGCGUCCAUGCGGCCCUCGUCGGCCCGGCAUGGCCAAAGUUUGAUGUCUGGUCAUACUCUAGGGGAUCCGGCCAAGGAUAUAAACGGGUUCCAAGGUCACAUUGCCUCCUCCGAUCUCCUCAACCCCUCCGAUGCCUUGGACCUUUUGGCACAAGUAGCCGAUCUCGAACAGGACGACCAGCCUAGCUCUACAUCAAGACAGACAGAAGUAGAGAGGCCUUCUUCGACAGGCGAACUCGAAACACAACCUCUGGAUACCGAUUACCCUCCUAUGGCGACUGGUGCUUUGAGCCUUUCGGAUGCUUCAUACCUGCUCAAACAAUAUCAUGAGCACCACCAUCCCUUUUUUCCAAUAGCCUACCCGGCGAUUUUCGAUCCCGGACAUGCCGCAAAAUGGUUGAAAAAGGAGGAACAUCUAGUGACAGCCGUCUUGACAAUUGCCUCGAAGGACGAUUCAGCUUGGUCCCGGGCAUACGAAGCCUGUUCACGGCACAUGGAGAGUCUGAUCUCGAAGCUUGUAUACACUGGAUCUACCACAGUCGGCGCCGUGGAGGCCCUUUUGAUUCUCGCCGAGUGGGCUCCCCAGCCCCCACCGAACGACUCGGUCAUUGGUCGCGGCAAAGAGGAUCAAGGAGCAUGGAUGAUGGUGGGCAUGGCCAUACGUCUCGGCUACCUACAGAAGUUGGAACAGACCAGUCUGCUCAAUGGGCAAGGGCAGCUGUCGGAACAGGCCUGCAGACAGCGCAUCGCAUGGGCAGCGCAUCUUGAGCUUACUCAGCUCUUCAGCAAUGCCCAUGACAUUCUCUAUUCUUCGACACUUCAUAGGGAACAACUCUAUGUGGGCGGAGAAUAUGUACGGUACAUUGACGACUUUUCCUCUGUUCUCCGAAGGUGGAAACUCACAUGGGGUGGUUUGAGUUUUACUCCACUGGUCAAAACGUCCUUGAUUUUGACUUACGAUUUCCUUCGCUUGUAUAUCAACGCUUUCGCCUUCCAGGCAAAUCUCAAUCGAGCUGUUCGGCGAGCUUUCUCGGAGUCACCAAGUCCUCAACUCAAAGGCCCGUGGUUUGUGGACAUUGCCGGAGCUCCAGACGCCAGAUUCAUUUAUGAGUCAAUUGACGCAGCUAACUCCUUUCUCGGCAUAUUGAAUGGCUUCGUCAACCCUGAGACUGGGCUGAGAUAUAUGCCCCUCAAGUACUAUCUAUAUGCCAUAUACGCCGCGGUAUUUCUGUUCAAGGCCAUCAUGGCAGGUGCAAUUCCUUCUACAGACGCAUCCUGUGUCCGUCGUACAGUUCAGGAAACUAUUCUCCGCCUACAAAGAACAUCAUCUAAUCGCCACAGUCUGGGUCACCGAUACGCCCGCUCCCUCCGUCUAUUCUGGCGGAAGUCUUUCCGGAACAAACAAACAAGCGAGAACAUCCCUGGCCGUACCUCUCCGACCCCUGGGCAUGGCACAACAUUCAGACAUAGUUCGGUAGAUGCGAGUCUAAGGGGCGAGGUGGGAGAAGGAGGCCUCGAUCCAACUUACUGGAACUCGCUAAACAGCUUCUCCUGGAGGGAUCUUGAUUCUCUAGGGCAGUUCAUUGAGAAUGACAUCUUGACCGGCACCACCGAUGGAGUUUUGACGACACCUGAAUUCAUUCAAGAACGGAGCUCUGUCGUCAGGGACAACCUGCCUGUUGGAUUUUGGAAUGAUGUGUGCGAUAAUCAUGAUUUUGUAUUUUAG